AUGGGAUGGUUUUCUUCAAUAUUUGGGUCAGAAAAGCCAUCUGACCCUCUCGGGAAGCUUGACCCGAAGCUCCGCGAGUUUCUCGAAAGAGAAGCCCCCGUGAAAUACACCACAGCCCAGCCGUCAUCUUCGACAGCGCCCACGGGCGCCGCGCCGACAAAGGACGCACAAAACGUCUCCGAGCCCACAGAGAGGCCUGCAGUCCCAUCUUCGAGCUUGCAUCAAGACGGCCGCUACGCCCACCUAUGGACGAACUACCGGCCCCUCGCGGAGGUGGAGUCAGAAGCGGCUACGGAGCAUGACAAACUCAUGGAUGUGCUCGAGGGCUUCAAAGAGCGCAAAGCAGCAAUCGGCCGCGCGGCCUUGGAAAACUGCGCCCUCCAGCAAGAAGAAUGGGCCAACUGCAUGAAGAGCGGUAGCUGGGAGGACCAGCUGCAAAUGUGCCGGCAUCAGCUGCGGCGCUUUGAGAGAUGCUACACCAUGCAAUCGCGGUUUCUCAGAGCUCUUGGACACAGCUCGGCCAUUGGCCGUCCGGCUAGCGUCGACGAAGAUAUCCAGAUGCACGCGGACACGCUGUACCAGCGAAUGCUCGACCACGAGGCGGCUGUUGAACAAGCCAAAAAGGACGGAAGCCCUGUUCCGGUAUUCAACCCGGCGUUACCCAGGGCCAACGUGGCAAAGGUCAACCCGACAACCGAGCUAGAGAAACAUUGGAGGGAGAAGCUAGACAAGCUACCUGAGGAGGAGCGAGUGGUGGAGGAGGCGGCGCUCAGGGCAGAUCUGCAGGCUGAAUCCGAAGUCGCCCGAAGCGUCAAACAGAUAUGGGCCGCUCAAAAGGAGGAAAGGGAUACUAGAAAGGCUGAUGGCCAGUCUACGUUUGGGGAUACCUUGGCUAGUUUACUUGGUCGGGGUGGAAGUGAUGGGGGAAAGGCGAGAUGA